AUGUCGGGACCACCAACAACGCUGCCACUCCGAUCGUCUCCUGACUAUUGGGCCUCCGCAAACGCCGACAUCCAGGCCCAUCUCGAGCGGGCCAUUCAGAUCCGCCACCCGCUCGCCGUCUCCGAGCCCAUGCGCCACCUCGCCUUCUCCGCCCCGGAAACCACCGCGCCGGCGCUGUGCCUCCUCGCCUGCGAGCUCGUCGGCGGCAGCCGGGACCAGGCCGUGGCAGCUGGGUCGGCCUUGCGUCUCGUCCACGCAGCCGCCUCGGCCCACGAGGGGCUCCUGUCGUCUCGGCCCAGGAAGGAUGGGCCUAAGUUCGGGCCCAACAUCGAGCUGCUCACGGGAGAUGGGUUGAUCCCAUUUGGGCUCGAGUUGUUGGCGAGCCCAACCACUCAAGCCGAGUCGAGCAGCCGGGUGCUACGUGCGAUCAUCGAGAUCGCACGUGCAUCCGGCUCGCACGGUAUGGUGGAGGCGCGGUACAACGAGAUCGAGAUGAUCGACAGCGACGGCGACGAGGAGGAGUGGGUGGAGCGGGUGUGCAAGAAGAAGGAAGGUGAGAUCCACGCGUGUGCUGGCGCGUGUGGGGCGAUAUUGGGUGGAAGAGGGGAAGAGGAGAUCGAAAAGUUAAGGAGAUAUGGAGUGUAUGUUGGGAUGAUCCAAGGAAUUGUUGCAGCGAAAAGGGUUGGAAGAGGAAGAAGAAGAAGAAGAAGAAGAAGAAGAACAUGGUUGGAGAGAAAGGUUGGUGAGCUAAGAGAGUUGGGUUUGAACGAGUUGAAAGGUUUUGAUCGAGAAAAAGUGGAGCCUAUUGCUAGCCUUAUGUUAACUUCGGAGCAUGAUAGAAGAUUAAGGGUGACUGAUUAG